UUUCUUUCCUAAUAGUUUAGGGUUCUUGCUAUGGCGCUCACUAGCGCGUCCACGAGAGCGCCAUACGCGCUCAAUGCGGCAUUUCCAGGCGCGCGCCAGCUCCAGGUGCUGAGAAUGCCGAAUUUCGCGAAGUCGCGGCAGUGCCGGCUCUCCGUGCGAGCAAGAACAGCGUCAUCGUCCUCUCCCUUUCCAAGACCGGCCGAAUCUCAAUCGGGGAAAUUCAACGAUCUUCUCGCGGAUAUCUUUCGCAUGACUGUUGAUACCGGGCCUCGAGGCGUCCUUCGUUUGGCUCAAGCCGUGGAAGCCGUCGUCUCCAUUGGAGCACAGUGGUUUGUGGAGCAAGCUCAAGGUGGAUCCACACUAAGCAGCUCUCCACCUCGGCUCUUGAGACGCCUCUUUGAGAGGCUCGGUGCUACUUACAUAAAAUUGGGCCAGUUUAUCGCAUCGUCUCCAUCGUUGUUUCCCGACGAGUACGUGAACGAGUUUCAAAGUUGCCUCGAUCGCACUCCGGCUAUACCUUUUGCUGAUGUCAAAGCUAUCAUUCAGGAAGACCUGGGACGCUCUCUGGAUGAUGUUUAUGAGUAUGUGGAUAGCGCUCCUCUUGCCUCGGCGUCUAUUGCUCAGGUACAUGCUGCACGGCUGAAGGGAAGCAAGAAAGAUGUUGUUAUCAAGGUACUAAAGCCUGGAGUAGUGGAUGUGCUGAGAGCAGAUUUAAACUUUUUGUACGUUGCCGCGCGUGUUUUGGAGUUUCUCAAUCCACAAAUAAGUCGAACAUCUUUGGUAUCCGUUAUAGGUGAUUUGAGAACAUCGAUUAUGGAAGAGGCGGACUUCCAAAAGGAAGCUGUCAACGUUGAAUCGUUUCGAACGUAUCUAGAAACCAUGAACCUUUUCAAACAAGCAACUGCACCAGUUGUGUAUCGCCAUUGUAGCACUCGGCGAGUGCUGACGAUGGAGCGUUUGUAUGGGGUACCUUUAACAGAUCUAAAGUCCAUCAGCUCAAUUGUUCCAAAUCCGGAAGCAACGUUGAUCACUGCCUUAAAUGUCUGGUUUGGAAGUUUACUUGGCUGCGAGACAUUUCAUGCAGACGUGCAUGCGGGCAACCUUUUGGUGCUUCGGGAUGGUCGAAUCGGUUUUAUUGAUUUCGGAAUUGUUGGCCGCGUUUCUCCUAAGACGUGGGUAGCCGUAGAAACGUUUUUGGCUUCCUUUGGAACCGGGGAUUACUAUGCAAUGGCAACUGCACUUAAUCAAAUGGGUGCUACAGACAAGAAGGUGGAUUUACUUCGUUUUUCUAAAGAUUUGGAGAAGAUUUUUAGUGCUGUUAAGGAUUUGGACUCGGACAUUCGCAUCACAACUGCUGGUGGACCACAAGGAGCUACUGUUGCUGCUACUUUGGCUGUUGAUGAGCGACAAAUAAACGCUUUGCUUCUUGAUGUGUUUCGCUUAAGUGAGGCUUAUGGAUUGAGGUUCCCACGCGAGUUCGGUCUUCUACUCAAACAACUAUUGUAUUUUGAUCGGUAUACUCGCCUUCUCGCACCCGACCUGAAGGUCCUUCAGGACGAGCGAGUUAUUAUUGGAAAGACGGAUAGAAGAUACAGCUACUGAAUCCCGAAAAGCUAUAGACAAUUAGAGGACUCAGGUUUCCCAUCUUCACCAUGGCAUUCGCGAAGUCCCUGAAGAAUAGGCUCGGGUUGUCUUCGUAGUUGGAGACAAUUCUGCUUGACGAUCCUGAA